AUGGGGGAUAGAUGUGGCAGGGGAGUGAGUGAAGCAGCAGGGGUGAUGGGGAUGGGGCGAGCGAAAAACAGCAAGGGUGAUUGGCAGAUGGGGGAUGGAUGUGGCAGGGGAGUGAGUGAAGCAGCAGGGGUGAUGGGGAUGGGGCGAGAAAAAAAUAGCAAGGGUGAUUGGCAGAUGGGGGAUGGAUGUGGCAGGGGAGUGAGUGAAGAAGCAGGGGUGAUGGGGAUGGGGCGAGCGAAAAACAGCAAGGGUGAUUGGCAGAUGGGGGAUGUAUGUGGCAAGGGAGUGAGUGAAGCAGCAGGGGUGAUGGGGAUGGGGCGAGCGAAAAACAGCAAGGGUGAUUGGCAGAUGGGGGAUGUAUGUGGCAGGGGAGGGUGGAACGGAAGAAUAGAUGAGCAGCAGAGGUCCCGAAUAGCAGAGGAGUGGAACAGCAAAGGAGCGGAACAGCAGAGGAGCGGAACAGCAGAGGAGCGGAACAGCAGAGGAGCGGAACAGGGGAGGAGCGGAACAGCAGAGGAGCGGAACAGGAGAGGAGCGGAACAGGAAAGGAGCGGAAUAGGAGAGGAGCGGAACAGGAGAGGAGCGGAACAGGAGAGGAGCGGAACAGGAGAGGAGCGGAACAGAAGAGGAGCGGAACAGGAUAGGAGCGGAACAGGAGAGGAGCGGAACAGGAGAGGAGCGGAACAGGAGAGGAGCGGAACAGCAGAGGAGCGGAACAGCAAAGGAGCGGAACAGGAGAGGAGCGGAACAGGAGAGGAUUGGAACAGCAGGAGAUUGGAAAUGUAG